AUGGAUAAUUAAGCCUAAGAAGAAAUUAAUAUAGAAGAUCUUCGCAAAUAAAUUAAUGAAUAAUCUUUUCUUGGAACAUUUAUUAUUUAGGAUGUUGAAGAUAAAACUCAAAUUCUACCUUAUGUUUGUGUUGUUUAUAACAACAAAUAUCCUGGAUUCUAUUUUGAAUCAAUUUUCAACCAUUUUAUCAGAUUUUCAAAUAAAGUGAAAUCCUCUUUGUGGUUAUCAUAUAAUGAUUAACCAAUUUAGUGGCAUCUUCCCUUUUUUGUUCAGAUAGAUAAAAUUAAUGAAGAAGUAGAAAUUUUUGUUCAUUUUAAAAAAAGACCUGAAAAUGUUUUACCUAUUUCAGACAACAUCUAAGUUGAUAUCAAGAAUAGAUAUUUUUGGAAUCUUAAAUAAGCUUGCAUGAUUAGAUAUGGUCAUAAAUGGGAAAGAUAAAUCUUUUAAACUAUCACUAUAGAAUAAUAAUAUAAAAUGUUCCAAAGUUACUCUGAUCAUAUUUUCAAUCCUCAAUUUUAUGAAUAUUUUGACAAAAUUUGGAGUUUGAGCAGUCUAUAAAAAGAAUAAUAUCUAAGUAUUCCAAUAAGAAUAUUUAUUGAUGGAAAUAUGAUCUAAAGAUCCCAUAUCUUGAAAGAUGCGAAAGAAACUCUUUUAAACAUCUUAUAACCAAUUUUUGAGGAGGUAUCUUAUGAUAUUUAACUUUAGAGUUUGAAUUAUAAUGAAGUAAAAGUCAAUGUAUUAGGUCUGAAGAUAAAUAUGGAUUUUCCAAUAAGAUUACUAGUGUCAACCUUUGUCAAUCCAGAUGGAUUUUGUUAUAUAGUCAUAAAAUGA